CUGGCCUAGCAUAUGCAAGGUCCGGGGUUCCAUCCACAGCACCAAAAGUGAUACAAAAACAAACAGAAAAACAGAAGUCCUGUCCUCCUAAAGGAUGGAAAAUUUUAAAGUGUCUUCUGAAUUUAGCCCACAGGAUAAUCUGAGUGACAAGUUGGGCUAAGUUUUGUGGAGAUGGCUAGCAGAAGUCAAAGUGGGAGGGUGUCGGGGAAAAGAGGCCACGGUGACAGAACAAUGUCAUGAAGGGGUUCCGUUAUUCCUUAAUGGAGCUGUCUUAGACCAUCAGGCUGAAAGCGCUGGAAGAUAUGUGUCUUAAUCAGAGCUUUCCUAGAGGGCAAAGACUGUUCACUGCAUGAUUUCGGAAAAACCGAAGAAAAGAGAGCAGCUAUUCGUCCCCAACGCAGACUUCAUUUGUGCGUUCAAGAAAAGAUGGGAGUGGGGAGGUGCGAAGUUGUGCCAAAUCAGGAGAACUACAAGUCCCAUGACGCACGCGCGGGGCGGGUCCUCCUGGGCCGCGACCCGCCCCUCUUCCGCUUCCAUCUGUAAGCAAACGUAGCCCCGGCCAAGAUGGCCUCAGCCGGCUCCCGGGUGGGUGUGGUCCGCGGAAGGACCCGCCCCCGGAACGCUUGUGCAAUGGGAACCGCCCUCGUAUCCAUGGCGACGGCGGCGGCGGCUGCCGUCGGCUAGCUAAAAAAGGCGCUGCCGCCGCCUGGAUCUCGGAGUCAGCAGUUAACCCCCAGGGGGAGCGGGCUCCCUUUCGCGACAGCCCGGACAGACGGUCCUGUGGAACUAAUAGGCGGUCCCCGACACCAGCAACGCCCAGGAAGAGCCGAAACGGGCGAAGGGCGGCCAUGAGCGAGCAGCUGGGUUCUACCCCAGGCCGCUAGGGGCAGCCUCAGCAGUCCCUCAGCUCUUCUCGGAACCUCGGGUGGGCAGUGUCCGCCGUAGGCUCCCCUUCUGUGGUCAGAGCCCAAGGGUUGCCUGGCCCCAGUGUGUUUACAUGGAGAAUCUGAAUCCUGAGGCAGAGAAAGGGCCGACCUAUUGUACAUUUGAUCUUCAGUUGUAUUACAAAGCAAAUUAUCUCCCCAGUUCACCCAGCCAUCCCUCAUUCCAUUCAGGAACAAAAGAGCCAUGGUUAUGGUUCUUACCAUCUCUGCUCAUUACUGCACGCACCACAGUGUGUUGUAUGAUCCAGUGUGAUCUUGGGUGGUAGUCAGAGAAUCCAUAUCUCCUGGCAUCCCACACACCCUCACCCCAACUUGGAAACAUCCUGUUAUUCAGUGGGAUUGUUCUGUUCCGAAGGAGCUGCAACAUUUUCUUACAACACCACGAAGGGCCUUUGGGUGGAUCCCUGCAAGCCAUCCUGGGCCUUAAUUCCUACCCUCUUCCCCUUAGAAUCUAAGAGAAUGGAACCUAGUACCUGUAAGACCAGUGAAUCUGAGGAAGACUCUGUUGAGGAAGAGGAAUCUGAGGAGGAGUGUGUUAAAGAGGAAGAUACCACCCCUUCUAACUCUUCACAGCAGGCACUCUCAAAGGCAGACUAUAAGGCAUUUGAGAAUGGGGAUCCCUUAGCCAUUAUAGCCAAGAAAAUUCCAAAGAAAAUCAUAGCCCCAACUGACACAGAUGACUUAGAAGUUGGGAGGAGAAAGAGAAGGCGGAAACGCAGACCCUUGGCCAUCAACCUGACCAACUGCAAGUAUGAAAGUGUGCGGCGGGCAGCCCAAAUGUGUGGCCUGAAAGAAGUGGGGGAGGACAAAGAAUGGACUGUGUAUUGGACAGAUUGCUCCGUCUCACUGGAACGAGUCAUGGACAUGAAGAGGUUUCAGAAAAUCAAUCACUUUCCCGGCAUGACAGAAAUCUGCCGCAAAGAUCUGCUGGCUCGGAAUCUCAACCGCAUGCAGAAACUCUAUCCUACCGAGUACAACAUCUUCCCCCGUACCUGGUGCCUCCCUGCAGACUAUGGGGACUUCCAGUCCUAUGGUCGGCAGCGAAAAACCCGCACUUAUAUCUGCAAGCCAGACAGUGGCUGUCAGGGACGUGGCAUCUUCAUCACCCGGAACCCCCGUGAGAUCAAGCCAGGAGAGCACAUGAUCUGCCAGCAGUACAUCUCCAAGCCUUUCCUUAUUGAUGGCUUCAAGUUUGAUAUGCGAAUCUACGUCCUGAUCACAUCCUGUGACCCUCUUCGGAUCUUCAUGUAUGAGGAGGGCCUGGCCCGCUUUGCCACCAUGCCAUAUGUGGAGCCCAGCCACAACAACCUGGAAGAUGUCUGCAUGCACCUGACUAACUAUGCUAUCAACAAACACAAUGAGAAUUUUGUCCGGGAUGAUGCUGUGGGCAGUAAGAGGAAGCUGUCAACACUCAACGCCUGGCUGCGAGAACACAGCUACAACCCCCGAGAGCUGUGGGGCAACAUCGAGGACAUCAUCAUCAAAACUGUCAUCUCAGCCCACUCUAUUCUUCGCCACAACUACCGAACUUGUUUUCCUCAAUAUCUGAGUAGUGGUACAUGUGCCUGUUUUGAGAUCCUUGGUUUUGAUGUUUUGCUGGACCACAAGCUGAAGCCCUGGCUGCUGGAGGUAAAUCACUCUCCAAGCUUCACUACAGACUCCCGCCUUGAUCGAGAGGUGAAGGAUGCACUUCUUUGUGAUGCCAUGACCCUUGUUAACCUCCGGGGUUGUGACAAAAAAAAAGUGUUAGAGGAGGACAAGCGGAGAGUCAAGGAAAGGCUUUUGCAGAGCCACCAACAGCCACGAGAAGCCAGGCGAGAACAGAUCGAGUCGUCCCAUGCAGCCAUGCAGGACCAGGAACGAUAUGAGGAUUCCCACCUGGGGGGCUAUCGGCGGAUCUAUCCUGGGCCUGACACAGGGAAGUAUGAACCCUUCUUCAAGCACAAUGGCUCCCUCUUCCAGGAGACUGCUGCCUCCAAAGCCAGAGAAGAGUGUGCCAGGCAGCAACUAGAAGAGAUCCGCCUGAAGCAGGAACAGCAGGAGAAUUCAGGCACUAAGAGGCGAAAGGAAAACAAGGACCAGAACCAGGGUGAAUCAGCUGGGGAGAAGAGCCGAUCCAGGGCAGGGCCCCGGGGCCUUUUCACCUUCUUGGCUUACAGGAAUCGGAAGCGGGAGAAAGAGCCCAAAUCAAUACACCUGGAUAUUAUGCAACCUCAAGAUAUUGUGGAAGAGGAGGAGCUAGAGCGGAUGAAGUCCCUGAUACAAAGGGAGAAUCUCAUUCGAAGCCUGGGUAUUGUAGAGCAGCUGACCCGCAUGCUACACCCCAGUCACAGGGGCCAGAAAAAACUUCAUGAGUAUCAGCCUAGAUUUCACCAGGACGGGCUGGGCAGUCAAGAAGUGCAAUCUGUGAGUCUGGUCCCAUUGGUGCUCCUAAGAGGGGCUACCUCAGAGCAGGGCCAGCCUCAUUUCCUGCAACCACUUCGGCCCCAUGAAUUGAUCCCCAGGAUCUUAGGGCCACUGCCAAGCACGAAUGCUGCAAUUCCACAACAUUCCCGGUGCCAUCUGCAGCCCAGGACCUUCAACUGGAUAGGAGAUCCAGCAGCCAUCGGUCCCUGUUCAUUGUCAAUGAGGAAAGCUGGGAGGCACUAUUUUUCCAGCGCUAGAGUCAGGGUCACUAGCCAAGGCCAAGCCAGCAGAAGGCUAGAAGCCAUAAACCAAGCCCUGGCAGUAUCAGUGCCAUCCACUUUAACCCCAAAGCAUGGCUAUCUUCUGCAGACUGAAAGCACAUUGCCUUCCAUGGUAAAGUCUGAACACAGAACAGCCAAGGCCAGGGAUCUCACCCUCUGCCCUGCCUCUGCACCUGUUCUGCAGCAUUCUAGUACAAUUCUUAACGUUAGCCAGCACAGGUAAAAGCAAGAAGGAAGUCAGCACUCAACCUUUCCUGGAGAACCUCCUGAGGUUCCAAAAGGAGCACUGGGCCUUCAAUCUUUGCUAAAUGAAAGUCGGCCACCAAGUUCCAGUUUGAAAACCCCAGUCAGGAAUCCUGUUUGAAAAAGGAAAAACAAAGACACCAAGAAUUCCUCAACACCCUAAGAUUCUUUUGGGAUUGGUAAAGACUAAAAGAUGAAGAGCCAAGGCUGGCCAAAUACUCAUUUCCACUUGUCAAACCUGAAGCUGGGCUUACUGUUGAGGGAUGUCUGAACCUUGGGAGCGGUCACCCCAGCGACGUGUCCCUUUUACCAUUGGAGUCAAGUGCCCAAGGCACGGGUCUGUCGCCGUCAGCCGACUGCCAAGGGUGGCCGCCCUUCCUGCCAUGGUGGCGGAGACCGGCAGGCCUGGGCAGCUUGAGACAGAGGGGAGGCUCUCGGUAAUUGAAUCCGUCUUUUUAUUAAAGUUUAUGUCGUUUUC